CCAUCCCACUGUGCCGCAACUCCUGGUAAUAGUAAACGAAACUUUUAACGUUCCAACAUUUGUUGGCGGGUGGCGUGGCGUGGCGUGGCGUUUGGUUCCCCGGUUAGUGUGGGGUCUUGCUCCCCCCCCCCUAGCCCGGUGGCUCGCUUCACACUUGACAGUCAUGCCGACCCAAGUUCGGGUUCGGGCCGGGUGCACAGAGCCGGGUGGUGGAGUGGGGCAUGGGCCGCCGGUUGGCAUGGUGCACGAAAGGGCCCAAACGAAAAAUACAUUUUUCCAGGCAUUUAUCGCCGUUUUGAGUACACUUAAGACUGUUGGCCGUGCCAGUUGAGCGCGUGUGUUGUUGGCUGAUGUCCAGCCGCUGAGGAUUCCCAUCGAAUUGGAAGACCAAAAAAUAGUCGCAUGGAGCAGGAAGCAGGCAGAAGCUCCAAAAUGAGUGUGCUGCUGAAGCGACGCUCGCGCAGCGAAACGCGUCCCAAAGACGUUGCAGAUAAAUCCAAGCAGCAAUCGAAGCAGCUGGAGAAACACCAGGAGAAGCAUGAGCUGCAAGAGAGACCACAAGAGAGUCGUGGCAAGCCGCAUUCCAGUGAACAGAGUCUCAACAGAUUGGGAAUGUCCCAUCAUCAACAACAGUCCACCACCUUCUCGAUUGCGGGCGGUAUGGGCAGACGCAAAACCUCUGCGGAGCUGAUCUGCGAGGCCAAGCUUUUUCUUGGCGAAACGGCAGCCGGUGUCGGUGGAGGAGGAGGAGGUGCUGCUGGUGGCGCCGCCUUGCAAAUGAUGGCCACGGGAGGGGCACGUCUGGUCAGCACUCGACGUCCGAUCACACCGCGCGAACCAGGUCGAGUGCUCUACGGAAAGGUGGCCCUGGCCGGACGUCCACCCAGCGCAUUUUCCAUGCGGUAUCUGCAGAAUGAGAAGCCAACGCCACGACAACUUCCCGCACUCUCUGGCACGGGGCCGACUACCCCGAUGCCCACACGGAACGGGGCACUGCUCGGCCAGUCGACCACAGAGACGCUGAUUGAGCUGCUGAAGCAGCAUAGCGGCCUAAAGGAGUGCACCAAUGAGACAGUCCAGCAUAUAAACGCAAUCUUGCAGGAGCUGUACACCCGCGUGAGAAAGCAGGAGCGCAACUUUAAGCGGGGCUUCAUCUUGGGCGGGCUCUAUGGCCUCGUGGAGUGCACAUCACCGCGUGUUCUCCUGGCUGUGGCUCGAGUGGUGCUAGCUCUUCGGGUGACGGGCAGCAAUUUGACGGGCGCCUGCAAACUCAUCUUCAAGGUGGCACGGCAUGAGCAGAAUGAUGCCUUGUUCCAUGACCAUGAUGUGCUGGAGCUGCUGAUCGACGGCCUGGGCCAUGCCUCACCGCUCGACGAGCCCGAAGCUUGCAUCUAUGCUUAUGGCUGUAUACGUUUCCUCACCGCCAGCAGUGCCCAGGACCGGGAUGAUGCUCUCAAUCGUAAUUGGAUUGGUUUGGGCGAGGCCAUAAAGGCUCCUCUUCCUGCUCCCGUUUCCGCUCCGCUGGCUGCAAUACCCGCGGCAGUGUUGUGUCCGCGCAAACUGACGGGACAGCAGACAUUGGUGGCACGUCUGGCCCGCCAUGGCGCCGUGGAGCUGAUGAUCCUCCAUCUGCAGAUGCUCAAUGAGGCGGGGGCCACCAAACGAUUGACCGGACCACCGCUGCAUACGCUCUACCAGCUGUCGGCGGCGAUGCGUGCCCUGGCGGAUGUCUCCCAACAGCAGCAGCGGCUUCAGUUGCAGCUGCAGCUAGCGUGUCCGCAUCUGAUCCGGGCCGCAGAGGUGUCCAUGGGGGAGCUGGAGGUCCAGGCCAAUGUUGUGCGGACUCUAAGCGUGCUCUCUGAGGACUCUGACUGCUGUGAGACCUUGCAUAACUAUGCCGCCAGAAUUGGCCUGCUGCUGGGUCCCUCCUGCUCGAGUGCGGGCGCCAGUGAACGUCUUCUGGCCGUUCUCAGUCGUCUGGGCUAUAUGCUGGGCAAUAUCCUGGCCAAGCACGAGUCUGCCAGAACCCAGUACUUCCACAACGAUGUGGCCAUGGAGUAUCUGCUGAAUGUGCUGGAGCAGCUGGGCGAACGCUCGCCGAGCAGUGUGACCCUCCUGGAUGCCCAGAUUAAGCUGAUUCGCGUGGUGGCCAACAUGAGCGUGAAUCCCGAGGUGGGCGCCGGCCUUGGCAAUGUCCGUUGCUUGGGUUCGGUGCUGCUGAAGCUGCUCCGCCACACAAGCGCCUCGCUGCUGCAGAAGAAGGUAAGCCAUCAUCUGCAUUCCGGUCAUUCCGAUCUUCGCUCAUGCUCUCGUUUUUUGCAGUCUGCGGAGCAGCAGGAGCUGCUGCACGCCACACUGGGUGCUCUGCACAAUCUGUGCUUCUAUCAGGAUAAACAGACGCCAGACAGCAUUGCCGCCCCGGCCGCCGGUUCCCUUCAGAGUCUAAUCGAUGAGCUGUCCGCGUCGCUGGCCGAAGUGUUGGCCAAAUGCCAGACGGCCGCCACCAAGGUGGAGCUGGUCCGGGUGCUGGGAAAUCUCACGCGUAACGAGCGGGCCCGUCGCUGCUUCUGUGCGGCCGGCGGACUGCCGCUGAUGGUACAGCAGUUGACCCGUCAGGCGGCCGGGCAGGACUACGAGCUGCGCACCUGCGCCAUCGGUGUUUUGGUCAAUCUGCUGGGCGAUGGUGAGCAGCGGGCUCCUUUCCUGCAGCUGCGCGGCGCCGAGCUGCUGUCGCUGCUGCUCCGUGGAUCGCUGGAGCAGGAAGACUGGUUCCUGGCCAACAUCGUGUGCCAGGCCCUUUGGAAUCUCCUCAUCGACGGCCAGUGUGCGGCCACUCUGUGUCGGAGCGGCUGCAUUCUGGACGAGGUGAGCGACCUGCUGGCCGACUAUCUCGACGAAGAUCGCCUCAACGCUGGCGAUGACGAUGACGAGCAGGCCGGCGACGAUGAGCACGAGCUGGAAACGCAGACGGAGACGGAAAAGGAGACGGACGCAGAUCACGAUGCCCUGUGGGAGGACUUUGCGCUGGUGGCCACCGAUCUGCUGGAGCGUAUCCAGAACAACUUCGAUAGGCAGCAGCAGCCGCAAUCGGUUGUGCGCACCGACAACGAUGACGAUGGCGAUGUAUUCAUCGAGGAAAUGUAGGAAAUGCUCCGAUAACGAUGACGAUGGCCAUGUAUUCAUCGAGGAAAUGACCCCCGCCACGCACCACAGUCUCUGGUAUUUCUAAUCCAUCAAUAUCUUUAAUAGCAACAUAAUCCGAAGCCAA